AUGUUGAAAUGGUACCUCGGCACAGUGGGCCAACUCCGCAAGUGGGCCGAUCUCAUCUCCAUCUAUCACUACUCCGUCCCCUUCAUCGUCAACCUCUGCGCCUCCGCCGGAUUCUUCUACAUGCUCGGCGACGCUCCGGUCUCCGUCGCAGUCCCGGUCACCAACGCCACCACCUUCGCUGCCACCGCGCUCUCGGGGAUGGUCCUCGGAGAGGAGACGAGGGUCGGGCUCGUGAUGAUCGGUACUGCCAUUAUUGUUCUUGGUGUUUGGAUUUGUGUUAUGUGAUUGAUGAAUGACGAUGAUUGUGUUCGUUGUUGUAAUUUUUUCCUUUUUUUUUGGGAAUUUAUUGGAGUUUUGCUUAUGAGUAGUAUAUUACACUAAAGUGCACAUUUCGGAUCUAAAAUGUGUCGCCAAAGCAAAGUGUGGGCUAACGCUGUCAUGGUUCAGGGCAGUUAAUUUGGGAACUCAUGAUAUACUGUUGUAAAACAUAGAUGAAAGUUCGUAAUAUAUGAAUGUAUGAUUCAUGUGUU